AUGACCAUAUUUGGACAUGUCGCCCAGCGUUUGGACCGCCUCAUGGUCAUUUUAUCUUCUUGUGACUCUGAUGAAGUUGUUCUCGCCAUUUCCAGGUUUGACUUCUGGGCCGUUAGCCCGUCUGAAACUCUUCAGAAUCCCUUCCUGAAGAUUUUCAGAAUAAAAGUCCUCACUUCCUUGGCCUUGUGGAGUCCCUGUGCUGCGGUUUCUUCCUCCUUCUGUCUCUUUAAAUCCACCCGGACUGAACCUUUGACUCUUCCUUCGCUCCUCUCAGUCCUGCUCUUCUCCUGUCCGGUCUUUCCUUAUUUCCUGUUUUGGUUUUCAGUUCCUUUCCUCUUUUCUUCGUCGUCGUUUUCUUCCACUUCAUCCUGGUCCGGGUCGUGGGGGCAGCAGCUUCAGGAGGGAAGUUCAGACGGCCCUCACCCCGGCCACCUCCACCAGCUCCUCCUUUGGGAGGAUUCCCAGGCGCUCCCAGACCAGGAGAGAGAUCUAAUCCCUCCACCUGGUCCUGGGCCGACCACGAGGUCUCCUCUAACAGGAGGCGUCCAGAAGGCGUCCUAACCAGAUGCCCGAGCCUCCUCAGCUGACUCCUCUGGACGUGGAGGAGCAGCGGUUCUCCUCUGAGCUCCUCCCGAGUGUCCGAGCUCCUUACCCUAUUUCUUUUCUCUUUGAAUCCGUCAUCUCUCCAUCCUCUUCUUUUACAUUUUGCUUUUAUGUCGUCAAAGAUCUUCAAAUCAUCAAACAUCAGAGAAGCUCCUGACCAGCUGUCUCUGCUGAGUCUCACCUUCUCUAGAACGUCUCUCCUUUCUCUUCCUCCUCUCAAACAAAAGGAACCUUCUCGUUCUUCACUUGAGAACUCGUCUUUCUCAGUCUUUUAUUGGUCACUGUUUCCUGGUUUCUAGAUCCAAAAUCAAACCCCUGACCUUCCUGCAGCUUUUCACUUUAAACCUUUCUCUCUCUCUCUUUCUUUCUUUCUUUCUUUCUCUCUCUCUCUCUUUCUGUCUUUCUUUCUUUCUCUCUCUCUCUCUUUCUGUCUUUCUUUCUUUCUUUCUUUCUCUCUCUCUUUCUUUCUUUCUUUCUUUCUCUCUCUCUUUCUUUCUUUCUUUCUUUCUCUCUCUCUUUCUUUCUUUCUUUCUCUCUCUCUCUUUCUUUCUCUCUCUCUUUCUUUCUCUUUCUCUUUCUGUCUUUCUCUCUCUCUCUCUCUUUCUUUCUUUCUUCCUCUCGGUGUCGUCAGAAACCUCCUGACUUUUGUGUUUAUUGUUCUCGGACUGGCCGCCGUCUUUAAAUCCUCCUCAGACCCUGUUGAAGUUUCCUGUUGUCUGAUAAUCUUGAUUCUGCCCUUUUCUCUCGUCUUACUUUUUCAUCCUGUUUUUUUCUAUCUGGGCAGUUUCAAAAUAAAAGCCUCUUACCUUCCUGCAGAUUAAAACUCUUUGUUAGUCAAACCAUCCUGCUCUCGCUGCUGUUUUCUCCCCCUCUGUUUGUCUUGUCAGGUUCAAACCCAGGUCUACCUCCUCCUCAGCGGACAUGCGUCCUGUUUUCACCGUGGUCUUUGAAUCAGGAGCAGCAGGAAACUCUGAAAUCACCCUGAAGCGUUCGACCUGCAGCUCUUUAAAAGCACCAAUCAAACCGGCCUCAUUCUCACGCCGAGAGAUCCGGGACAGAGGUUCGACCUCGCCAACGCUCAGAGAAGACGACGGCUCAAAGAGACGCUUUAAAUCCAUCCAAAGCCCCCGAACAAACUCAGCUUUAAAGUUUCAAUCCAGGCAGCAGAUCCACAUCCCAGAGCUCCGUCACCUCAGAGCCCACCUUAGCCCCCCAGACCCCCACCCCAACCCCCACCUCUACGGAAGAAAGCGGUCCUUACCAAUUGACCCCACACAUUUGUUAGGUUAUGCCCCCGGCGUCCCUGCAGAGGCACAUAUAUGAUCCCCGCUGCACUUUUUUCCUCUCGCACUAGAAGCUUCAGUCCGGACGCAAAAACAAACCGGCUCAAUAAUAGGAGGCCAUGAACUGACCCGCAGCAGGGGAGGGGGUUUAAAAAGGAGGGUCCACUCAGCACUUCUGACUGCACACGGGUGAUCCCACGACACGCGGCCAAUCACAGAGCAGGCUGCAUCUGUUGCCAUAGCGCCUGUAAAAAAAGUUUAGAGGGAGAGAGAUUUUAAACUCUGAGACGUCCUGAGAGACGAUGAAGCAAAAGAAGGUCAAGAGGAAGGAAAGAUGGGUGGAGGUUCACCCAGGACUGGAUGGUCCUGAUCUUCAGGCCCCCCAGGCAGCUCUGCGUUAGAAACAGACAGGACUCUCGAGUGGAAAUCAACGCAUGAACUCAAAAACCACUGACUGUGAACUCGGUUCAUCAUAAAAAAUAUCACUGUCUGAUAAAACCAAUCUGACAUUCUUUUGGAAAUCGUCUUCAUCAUCUUCAUCGUCAUUUUCAUUUUCAAGAGCUGAAGGUCACUGCAAAAUGUCUUCCAUCCUGAAAGAGAACAUGACCCAGAAAGACCAGGGACUUCUCUGGACCUGGACUGAGGGGGAGAGGAAACCUGAGGUCUGAUGGAUCAGAGUCUGACACUCAGAGGGAAACGUAUUUGACCGUUAAUGACCUGUAGGGGGCGUGUUAUCAUGUUUUAAUCACAGAGAAAGGAGCCGGGAGCUUCCUCAGAGUUUAGACUCAUCCUUCUUCUGUAUCGGGGAAGAGUCUGUGGACCUCACUGAGAACUUUCAUGAAGAACACUCAGUAAGAUCCUGAACAUCAAACUCUCCUCAGAUCCAGAAACAACAUCCUCACACAUUCAGAGGAGCGCCGAACCUCAGUCUGAAACACUGCGGGAUUAUCUCUGACGACUCACAUCCAAACAUCAGGAGGUGUUAGUGAGGUCUGCUCCUCCUCCUCCUGAAAACACCAAAGAGACGAACACCUGAACGGAUGUCCCCCUUUAACGGCUGAAAAACUGCAGUUUUCUUCUUACUAAAGAGUCCUGAUGAAGCCGGAGAGCUGGUGUGUCGAUCUGGUCUGCAGAGGGCGCUGUGGCAUCAGAAGAACGGAUGGAGGGGGGGGGGUGCAGAGGAGGAGAGGGAGAGAGGGAGGGAGGUGGGUGAGGAGGAGGAAGGCUGUGCAGGCAUGUGUGUCUCACAGUGAGCGGAUGGUCCCACUGUUGUUCACUGCUGCAGAGAUCAACCUGAGGGAGGAGAGGAGGGGAGAGGAGGAGAGGAGAGGAGAGGAGGAGGGAGGAGAGGAGGAGGGAGGAGGGGGAGAGGGCAGGGGAGCUGGCACUGCAAUGCAGAACAUCAAAUGA